GCCCAUUAAACCCAUCUCCUCCUUCCUUUGUCACGAUUGUAAACCCUCGGAAGAAAAUGAGAGAGGGGGAGCGACGAUGUGAAGCCGCCGUCUCUGUCUCCGUUCGUUUACUCUGCCGCUACCAUUCACCACCACCGGCGAUAUGCUGCUCCUAUUGCUUAAGCUCCAAGCUUCGCCCUCUCCAUCUAGUUUUGUUGCUGGUGUUGCUACAUCAUCGUGCGGGAAUUAUUGAUGUGGCCCAAGUAACAAGUUGUUGUCUUCUCUGCCGUGUGUUAUCUCCAACCGUAUUCAUCCAUUCACUUCCUUUCAUCAAACCAAAAAUCAAAGGCGAGGGUGGGAUCCGUGGAUUCUAAAGCUUCUAGUUAAUUAGUAUUCAUAAAUGCUAGGUUUAGAGAAUUGUGUGUUGAUUGUGGUGAUUGAGAAAAUGAUAUUAAG